AUGGCGCACCAGAGAUGCUUCACUGGGCGCGAUGCCAAAUUCGAGAUCAUCGCCGUCCCUGGCCUCGGUGCACAUCCGUAUCACACAUGGGAGGCUCGAAAAAUCAAAGGAUCGAACGAGGCCGAAUAUCAAAUUGUACAGCCUGCGAGAGUCCACCUGCUUAACGAUCUCCUCGCGGAUGAGUUCCCUGAUGCCAGGAUCUUGAAUUUUGCCCAUGACUCCAACUGGCUGAUUGACGCGCCCGUCAAGACCACCGAGGAGAUUGGCAAAUGCCUGUUAAAGGAGAUCAAGGCCAAUCGAUCAUCCCCCCAUCUCCCUAUUAUCUUCAUCGGACACAGCCUAGGCGGUAUCAUCGUCAAGCAGGCUCUAUGCGGGAGCGACUCCCGAGACAUCGUUGAUGCUACUGCGGGUAUCAUAUUUCUCGGAGCCCCUCAUCAAGGUUCGUCGGUGUCUGUUGCUGGCGCUGUGCUGGCCUCUGUGACCGGUAUCCUGGGAUCGGACACGACGCUGCUCCUGUCUCUGCAGAAUCAUGAUGCCCAGCUCAGCAACCUUGCGGAUGCAUUCGGCUCUCGUAUAGCCCCGAACGAACGUCGACCACAAAAAGUUCCGAUCAUAUCAUUCUACGAGACGAAGAAGACGUAUUUACUCGGGCUAUCGCUAGGCGUCGUGGUGUCACGGGAUUCUGCCACGGUCCACGCCGAUGCCGACAAGAGGCACAGCAUCGAGACAGAUCAUUCCGGGCUUAACAAGUGCGGCGGGCCGAGCGAUACGCUGUUCACGGAGCUGGCAGCAGCGAUACGACGCCUAAAGACCCCAUCGCUGCUCGAGCAGGCCGACACAUUAAUACGCGACAAGCGCUACACGGCAGACAAGCUGAAGAUUGAACGACUCUCGGGCGAGCUGCUGCCUAUGGAGCAGUGCUAUAUUAACCUAGCCAUCGUGGAGCAAUCUGGCCCAGACGCAGGUCACUCAACAAAGAAAGAGGACACAACGCCUUCCCCGUUUUCCAUUUUCAUUCGGCAGAAGGUUGAGACACCGGACAAGACUAUGCAGGUCGAGUUGGCAACAAUUUUCAACGAACGCAAGGGAAGCGACGGCCAACCGAUGCAUCCACGAAGAAUCUUGAUUAGAGGCCGUGCAGGUGUUGGCAAGACUACCUUGUGCAAAAAGAUUGUUCAUGAAUUUACCAAAGUCACGUGGGUUAAAUGGAACGAAUUGUUUGACCGUGUGCUUUGGGUGCCUCUGCGAAAUCUGAAGCUGCCGGAAAGACGCAAGAAAGCCCAGUACACCUUGGAACAUCUUUUUAGCCAUGAGUUCUUACUACCAACGGAUGGACCUAACCUCGCUCGUGCGCUGUCCUGUGCGUUGGAAACUAAGAGUAGUAAGACUCUAUUUCUCCUCGACGGCCUAGACGAAGUAUCUCAGGACCUGACAGGCAACAGCAGCAUGGCCUGCUUUCUCGCCGAGCUUUUAAAUCAGCCCAACGUCGUCAUCACAUCCCGACCAUCCGCCAAGCCACCGCCGAACCUGGACCUCGAGUUGGAAACCAUUGGAUUCGGCCCCGAUCAGUUGAACGAGUAUAUCGAAAAGUCAUUUACUAAUCCAAAAACGAGCGUAAUUGAUCGCACUAAAAAGUCGACAAAGUCCAGUCGUUCCUUGAAGAGCGUUGGCUCAUCCAGGGUCUUGUACGCAUUCCAAUCCAAUUGGAUGCCCUUUGUUACACCUGGGAUGACCUGA